ACGGUUCGGAGGAAGCUCAUCCUAGCUUGGUUGGCUCUCCUAACGAAACCACAUAUGUAGGCGGGGGAAAGAGAGAUCUCCUCAGGACACUGUCACCCCCAGUUCUGGAUGCGAGGGAAGGAGCCGGGAACGCUGCGGCUGCCACCGCCCCCUUUCCGUCCACCUCCCCCUCUCCUUCCUGCGGCGGGUAGGACGCCUGCGUUUGGCGCUGCCUCCGGAGGGUGGAGGUGCAUCCUGGGCGCAAGAAGGGAGCCGCUGAGGAAAACAUGAGCGGAGGGUUCUGACUGAGUCUCCGCCUCGCCUGGUUCUCUCGAGCGCCGCGGGGGAGGACAAAGGGCGAGCGCGGCCGCCUCCUUUGAGCUGCUGCUGCCGGCGCCAUGGGGGAGAGGCUCCGAGGCGAAGCCGGCGUCUCCUCGGUGGCUGCAGCUGCAGCAGGAGCGGCUUCAGCGUCGGUGGCGUCGACCCCCAGCUGCUCGCUGCACAACGGGCUGCUGCACAACGGCUUCCACCCGCUGCCCAGCAAUGGAGACGCUCCCCACUCGCUGCUCUUCCGUCAGGAUCUGCCUCUGGCCAGCCAUGGCUCCCCAGCCAAGAAAUGCAGGACGCGCCGGAGAAUGGACUCGGGCCGAAAAAACAGGCCACCAUUCCCAUGGUUUGGAAUGGACAUUGGUGGGACACUUGUUAAACUGGUCUACUUUGAACCAAAAGACAUUACAGCUGAAGAGGAGCAGGAAGAAGUGGAAAACCUGAAAAGCAUUCGGAAGUACUUGACUUCCAAUACAGCCUAUGGUAAAACUGGGAUUCGAGAUGUUCACCUUGAACUGAAAAACUUGACCAUGUGUGGACGUAAAGGGAACCUUCACUUCAUCCGUUUUCCAAGCUGUGCUAUGCACAGGUUCAUUCAGAUGGGUAGUGAAAAGAACUUCUCAAGCUUACACACUACACUUUGUGCCACGGGAGGCGGAGCUUACAAGUUUGAGGAAGACUUUCGAACGAUUGCUGACCUGCAGCUUCAUAAGCUAGAUGAGUUGGACUGCUUGAUCCAGGGUUUGCUUUAUGUGGAUUCUGUUGGUUUCAAUGGCCAGCCAGAGUGCUACUAUUUCGAAAACUCGACUGAUCCUGAACGGUGUCAGAAAAAGCCUUAUUGCCUUGAUAAUCCAUAUCCUAUGUUGCUGGUUAACAUCGGCUCUGGGGUUAGCAUCCUAGCAGUGUACUCCAAGGACAACUAUAAAAGAGUUACGGGGACCAGUCUUGGUGGUGGAACAUUCUUGGGCCUGUGUUGUUUGCUGACUGGAUGUGAGACGUUUGAAGAAGCUCUAGAAAUGGCAGCUAAAGGAGAUAGCAGCAACGUAGAUAAACUGGUGAAAGAUAUUUAUGGAGGAGAUUAUGAACGGUUUGGUCUUCAAGGAUCUGCUGUAGCAUCAAGCUUUGGCCACAUGAUGAGCAAAGAAAAGAGAGAGUCCAUCAGUAAAGAAGACUUAGCGAGAGCAACUUUAGUCACCAUCACCAACAACAUUGGCUCCAUAGCUCGGAUGUGUGCACUCAAUGAGAACAUUGAAAGGGUGGUAUUUGUUGGAAACUUUUUGAGGAUCAACAUGGUCUCCAUGAAAAUGCUAGCAUAUGCCAUGGACUAUUGGUCGAAGGGACAACUGAAAGCUCUCUUUUUGGAACAUGAGGGUUAUUUUGGUGCUGUUGGGGCCCUUCUAGAAUUACUUAAAAUGACGGAUGAUCAAUGAUGACGCCUCUAAGAGCUGGAAACCUGUUAAUCUUGCUGCAAGAGUGACAGCUGCUAGGAGGAUGGGAAAGAAGCCAUGAUGGAAGUUCUACCUGCUGGAUUUGUAAAUAAUAAUUUAAACUCCUUUUAGCUGAUCUUUUAACUUUAGCAUUGGAAGUUAACUUCAGAAUUCGUACCAUGAAUCUUUAAAAAAAAGACAUUUUUAUCUGUAUACAACAUUUUUUUAAAGACAAAAAAAUGUGCAAUGUUGCCAAACUUGGCAUAUUUUAUGGAUUAUGGAUACUGUGCAGAAAAAGGACCUAAGAUGUGAGACACUGGUUUUAUUAUUAAUUAUUAAUAAUAUUAUUAUUAUUUUUCUUCUGGGGUUUACUGAUCUAGUGUGAUAAUUCUUCAUUUAGUAAUUGCUCUAGGAGAUUUUUUAAAAAUUCUUUUUCAUGACGUUUCAUGAUUUGCUGUUGGUUUCAAAUGAAACUGCAAAACUGGUAUUUAGUAGGAGCACUAAAGUAAUGAAAUCUUGUUGCCUUCAUAUUCAUUAAGCUAUGUUCCUUUGUUCCCCAAACUGGUUAUCUUUCUUUGACUACUCAAGUUUGUCAUAAAAAGAAAUGUGACAUUAUAGCAGUUGAGAAGACCAAGUUCACCUGAUAACACCAGCACCUUUUGGAAACUUGCACAUCAAAUUAACCAUUUCUUGCAGUACCGGAUUGUUGUUUUAUUUUUUUAUUUUUUUGCAGUCCUGUGAGCUGGAAAUAUUUGAUUAUUUGGAUGAAGGAAAGGAUUAGUUUUCAUAAAGUACUGGAGGUAGUAAGCUUGUUUCUGGAUUGUACAACUUCUGACUGGAGAUGGGGGCUCAUGUGACUGAAUGCUCCUCUGUGCAAAAUAUAACUGACACACUUUUUAAAAAAUACAUCUCUGGGGAUUGCAGGUACAUGUGAAGGAGAGAAUAACCAUGUGAACACCCGCCUGCAAUCUGCAUAAUCCAGAAAGAGGGUUUGCACCUCCUCUGUAGUUUGUGAGAACCAAGCCACAAACAUUUUUAUUAUGAUAUUCAUCUAGAAAUUGAACUAAUAAAAGAGAUAUGCUGUCUGACCCCUUAUAUCAGGAGUCAGUACUACUAACGUGCGUGCAUGCGCGCGCACACACACACACGUUGGUAUUUGCCAUGAAUAAUGAAUGGCUUAGAAUUAAAAUUCAUACCCCAAUUUUUAAAGGUAGCAUAAAUUAAUACAUGUCAUGAAUCAUCUGUCAAUUAGAAAAUUAAGGACUUUGCAAAAAAGCAACUUUAUCUGCUAAAUUUUUCUGUCACGUGGACUGGUGUUGGGAGGACAGUUCUGCUGUCACAUAUAUAGGGUACAUCUUUGGGACUGUAUAGGAUUUAGGGAGCAAAUGUUCUCCGAUUAAGAUGGGUUUCUUUGUUUGGAACACAGUAUUUGAUUUAUUUACUUUGAAACCUUUAAUAAAUUGAUACUAACUGUUCACGUACCUGGCUGAAAUAAAAGCUCAUUACUGUUGUGAUGGUU